AUGUCUACCCCGCAGAACAUCCCCAUCCCCGACGCCGGCAAAAAGGUCCUGGGCACGGUGACCCUGGCACCCGCUCUAGGGUUCGUACCUAUCGCGGUCCAUUUCGACCUCUUCGGCUGCCUCCAAGACGUUGGCAAGCCAGCCACCGCGGGGGAUGUCUGCGAUGUUCACAGGAGGAAAUACGGUGAUACCGAUCUCUAUGAUGCCCUUUUCAUGAUGGGAGGCCUUGGCUUCCUAGACCUUUUGCCCGACGACGUGUAUGUUGCCAACGAUGUCACCAAAUACCUUGUCAAUACACCCUCAGCGCAACACGGCGCCAUGCAUUUUACCUCCGAAGGCCUACUCGGGGCCGCCUUUCUCAUGCGACAACUGCAAGACACCAACUACAGGUAUCCCUUCCAGGAAUGUGAGACGCCAUUUCAAUAUGCCUACAAAAGCAUGGGCGACGAAUUCCUUGCCAAGGAACAUGUGUACUCGGUCAUGCACCACACUGGCCGUCUAGACAGCUUCAACACCUUUAUGACUGGCAAGUUCGGUCGCUGGGGCACGAUGCCCGAUCGUGUCCGUAAACUCGGUUAUGACCUGGACGGCCUGCUGGAGUCGGCGACUCCUGAGAUUCUGCGGAUCGUGGAUAUUGGCGGUGGCCGGGGUGAGCUGCUGCUCGAAUUGAAGGCCACGUAUCCCCACCUGCUUAGGAAGGAGAAUCUCAUCCUACAGGAAUAUAAUGCCGAUAUCGGUGUCGUUCCCGACGUUACCGAGAUGGGGUGGAACUAUAAAGAGGAUGGCAGUGAGCAACCGGUGAAAGGCGCAUUGCUCUACUCCAUGGCACAUGUCCUGCACAAUCUUUCGGACAUUGAGUCCAUCAAGCUCCUGGCCAAAGUGGCUCGGGUCAUGGCCCCAGUGUCCCGUCUUCUGAUCCAGGAGCUUACCAAGAAUGCGGCCAGUGCGACUACCCACGCAGCCAUGAUCGUGAUGCACGCCGGUCGGGAGCGGACCAGCGCAGAGUGGAAGGAUCUGGCCGCCUUUGCUGGCUUGGAGGUAACAUUCGAGGCAUAUCCGCCGCUUGGGGAGUGUGUUGUCGAGAUGAGAAAGGUGUUGAAUUGA